AUGCAUAAUAACAAAGCCCCAACAACAUAAGAAACGUAUCUUUCUUACCGUUCUAUCAUUUCCCAGUUCCUUCUGAGAAAUACGCAUAAAAAACUCAAUGUCCACUGACGGAUGGUAAGCUUGUUGAGAGGCAACACAGCAGCGGCGGUGGGAAAAAAUCGAUAGGACAAGCGUACAAAAUUAAAGUGCUCUCUGAUGCUCGAUCAUUCAAGAAACCCAGAUCAGUUCUGUUCAAGACCCUCCAUUUCUCCAAGGGAAUUGGUUUUAUGUUUCUUUAACCACUGAUGGAGGACAAACAAUUGAAUCUCAAUCGACCACUUAUAUCUGUGAGGCGAUUCUCACCCGUAGUAGGCUCAGAGAAAGAUGUCCAAACAAAGAAUAAACGUUCUAUCCCCAGUGUACCUCUGCCUCCUUUUUACAAAUCAGAAUUGAAAUCUGGUCCAGUGAGUAACCCCGGAACUAUUCCUUUUACUUGGGAGAAGUCUCCCGGAAGACCAAAGGACGAAAGAAAACCACAAACUCUUGAUCAACCUCCUAUCAUCCCAAAGCUUCCACCUGGGAGAAUUCCAGAAGUUAAACGACAAGAAAACUCGAGCGUCGGUAGGCGUGAAGCAGGAAAAACCUCUUCUAGUACACUAAGUGUUCCUUCGAUAGAAGAGUAUGUAACGAACUUUGAGGGUUCUGAUUCAGGGGAUGGUGAUGAAGCAUAUCUAGACGCACUAGAUACACUUUCAAGGACCGAAUCAUACUUCUUAAGCUGCAGUGUAAGUGGCUUGAGUGGAUUAGACGGUCCGGAGGUAGCACCAUCUGGAACCUUUUCAACAGAUGCACAAACUAUGGAUUUCAUGAUGGGUAGAUUUCUGCCUGCGGCUAAGGCAAUGACCUCUGAAACGCCUCAACAUGGUACAUGGAAGCAACCGGUUUUGGUGAAAGAGCAGUCGAGACAGUUGAGAGAGUUGGUAAGUGGGAAUAAGCGACCACCUCUAAAUCGCUCAAGGCCCAAUAAUCUUCCACCAUACUGUCCCCAAGUGUACGAGGAAGAAGAAAGUGCCGAUGAAGAUGAAGAUGAUGAGAACGAUGAACCUGGAAAUUUGUCAACCAAAGUGUGUGGGUUAUUACCUAGGUUUUGCGUAAAAAGUUCACUUUGCGUUUUGAAUCCUGUGCCCGGUAUGAGUGUGCGAACACGGGUACCCAUGUCUUCUGUCAAAAGGACUCAGGCUAACUCUUCAUCUGCUGGUUUUUGCCAACAAACUAAGAAUGAGCGUAUGAGGGUUGCUAUUCAUGAGCAAAGAUCAAUAGCUGCACCCCAGAACACUGAGAUGCGGAAAAAAUUGGAGGGAUGGUCUCUCUACAAGCGUUUACAGGGUAGUGGCGCAUCACCCUGGCAGAAUGAAUCACCUAAAUCCAGAUUUUAUGAAGAAGAAGGAUUUCCUGAUAUCCCCGAAGAAGCACAAAUUGAUGGAAUUAAUGGUUUCAGAUCACAAAAAAGAUCCCCUGAUCACCCUGGAGAAUUAUUGGCUGAUCAUAGCCCAGAAAAGGGAAUAGACUUGGCAAGUCCUAUGGUUGAGAAAACCGUGUACAUAGAUUCUGUACAUAAGGCGGUAUCGUUGGAAGAAACUCCCUCAGUCGAUGCUAUACUCACAAACAUCAAGAAAUCAAAUAUUCCUCGUGAGGAUCAAGAUCUUUGUAAGGAAUCAAUAGCCUCUGCAGAUGUAAAAUUGCCUGGGAAAGGAUACCUGGAUUAUGAAGAUCAGCAGCAGCAGCAGUUCAAGAAAGUGGAGAACAUAGUAAAUUAUCAAGAAAUCAAGCCACACUCUCCUGUCCUUCCGCCUCCACCAAAAUCUCCAUCUGAGUCUUGGCUUUGGCGUACUUUGCCUUCUAUAUCAACAAGGAAUUCACCUUCGCUUUCAUUCCUUGCUACGAAAGUGAAUUAUCCACUCCACGCUUCCAAGACUCCUUCUGUUGAUCCAAAGUGGGAAACAGUCGUGAAAACAAAAAAGGACCUAAUAACAGCUGCACCGAAGAGCUAGCGUAUAAAGCCGAGUUGGUCUUUUGAGCUCUGGCGCUUCUUUCGGCUAGCAAAUCCAUUAUUUCAAUGGGUUCAAAGGUACUUGACAGUGUACACUUUUUUUUUCCCUCUUUUUGGGCGUAUAGUUACUCUUGAUGAGGCCCAUUACACUUGUUUACUUAGGAGCUAGGUAAUAAUGGGUUGGUAUUGUACUUUGUAAUGCCUAUCUCGACCUGUAUCUAAACGGACAUAUCAUUUGUUUACAAAAGAAUAAAUAGUCUGUUGAUUUGUUGAACCUCAA